AUGAAGCUCACACGCUUUCUUUCUCUCCUGGCUAUUCUCCAGCCAGUGCUGGGAGCCCCUUAUGGAUGUGCCAAGAAGCUAUGUAGUCUCGAAUCGCGCUCGUCCCGCCCGGACACUCCUGUCGCCCUUGGGUUGGUCGAGCGCGACGGCGACGACGAUGAAGCGUCUUGCACCCAUACAUGUGGACCCCUGGUGCGAUUGCCGGGACAGAGCGACCCAGCGAAGCGAGACCUUGGCACCAUUCAGGUGCACGGCACUCCCGCUUCAUCGGAUGAGAACCUGCUGGAGGCGCGCACGCUGAACAUCCCGCCGGACAAUCGACUGGCCGGCUACAUCAACGGCCAGAUCAGCCGCAAGACGUUCGACUUGAUCGUGUGGAAUCGUCACAUCCCCACGGGCGACGAAGAUGAGGAACCCGAGAUGGAAGGCAUGGGGACGUCGCGGGCUCGGGAGUUCAAAGACAAGGCAUUCAGCAUGGGCACCGACGGCCUCACGGGCUGCACCGUUAUGACCCUCGUCAGCCGCUCGGGGGUCUUUAUGGGCCACUGGUUUGAGGACAUCUCCUUCACUCCGACGACAUGGACCACGAACGACGACGGCACAAAGUCCCCUGGCUGGCUCAAACAAUAUAAGACUAGGGAUAAAGCCUUUGAGCAGACGGUCGUUAACGGCCUGCGCGAAGGCGUCAAACAGGGUGAGGACACGACCGAGCCGGGUAAGCCCGAGCAGGUUCCAGUGAGCGACGUCAAGGGUGCCCUUGAGGACGGCCACGCCAAAGGCUACUUGAUGGUGCCCCUGGACGCCUGCCCGGGUAUGGGAGCCACGGGCUAUGAGAAGUACUAUGUGAAACGGUGGGAAGCGAUGAGAGGGGUCGUCGCGGGGGUCGUCCCGGCCUUUGCUGACGAGGGCCUCUGGAAGGAACACAAAUACAGGAGGGACGACCCCGAGGAUCCAAGGAGAGCGGUGGAUGGGUCAGUGCUGUUGCAGUAUGACCCGGACGACCGGUACGACGCUGGAGGCAAGACGAUGACUCGGAAGCGCGUGGUGAUGUGGAUGGGGACGGAGAAGGUGCGCGAUGACGAGUGGGAUAAUAAGGAAGUGCCCGAGGGGCAGUAA